CAAAGGCUCAUACAGCUUCUGAUGGAUGCAGACAAGGAGAUGGUUGGGAUGACCCUCUCUGUGCUCAGCAAGGUGCUCUGGGCCACAGGCAUCCCAAUUGCCAGCCCCAUCACUCUGCAGCUGGCUGAGAGGCUCCAGCCACUCUUUGACAGCGACGCCAACCAUGUGCAACUGCUCUCCAUGCACCUCUUCCGAGAUGUGAUGGAGUUGGUAGCGGAAGAGGGAAAAAAGCCACUGAAGCAGCACGUGCACCAGAGCCUGAUCCCACUGCUCUGCCACUUGCAUGAUGAGAACCAGCGCGUGGCAGAGGCCUCUCGGGAAACCCUGCUUCAAGCUACCAAGUUCCUGAAGAACAGGAAGCUCCAGCAGCUGCUGGAGAGGGAGCAGACAUGGGUGGUUGGCAAGUGCCUGGUAAGGAUGGCCCCAACGCCCCAGUCCCAGCCUGGACAAGCCCCCUGCCCCCAAUGCCCAGUGCGUGGGGCUGGCAGCUGUGCCCCUGCCCGCUGCUGCAGCCCAUCGCCACCAGCCUGCCCCCCCACACACGCUCCCUUCCCUCGGGCGUGCGGCCCUGUGGACUCUUCUCCAGGCUCCUCUCCCUCCUCGAGCCCUGGGUGCCGACGACGGAGCCCCAGCCCAGCUGGGCUUUGGCAGCAGGGUGGCACCGCGGCUCCCCAGGGAGCACCCAGCCCUCUGCUCCCUCCAAACCCCGGCACCGGCCGGCUGCUGGCUGGGCGUCAGGGGUGUCCUGGCAGGAAAGGCGGGGUGCAGGGAGCGCCCGACCUGGGGGCAGAGUCUGCACCAACCCUUCCCUCCAUCCCCUUGUGCUCUCUCCAGCUGGCAGAGUACAGCAGCAGAGUGGACGAGUACCUGCAGCAGUCCCUGCUGUACCUGGAGAGCCCACAGGCAUCCAUGCGAGCGGCGGCCAUCAGGUUCCUUGGGCUCGCCGGGCGGCACGUGAUGCAUCAGCAGGUGAAGCUCCAGGUCAUCUACAAGGCCCUUCAAAGCACGACAAAAGACGUCAGCCUCUCCGUCUCAAGCCUGGCAACUCAAACCCUAUUCCUGCUAAGAGCCGCAGAGAGAAAUCCCCCCUCCAGAUUCAGGCUGCCGGUGCUGCAAGAGCGAUUCUGCAGGGCGUGGAGGAGGUGCCCUUCUCUCUGGGACAAUGGCUUCCUGUGCUGCUGGAGCUCUGUGCAGAGCUGAUCCUGGGAGCUCCA